AUGCACAGCGUGGCAGGCAAAUCGCUCGAUGCCGACCGUAAUCACGAGACCGUCGACAUUGACACGCCCAUGGGUGACUCAGAAAGCGAUGACGAGAUCUUUGAGGAUGCUAUGCCGCAACACACCGAGGUGAACGAGAUACUUGCCGACGUCCACGAUAUCUCUAUCGAUGUCGACGCAAAUAGGCCUCACGCCCAGAGCUUCAACUAUACCGACGAUCUUCCCACCCCGCCAGAGUCAUCCUUCGCGCCUUCGGUCCAGACCGCGCCCUCGGUGCAUAACGCGACGCCGCUACCACGAGCACGUAACCACCCGCUGCCUUCGGGCGGCCAGAAAGAGGCGUCGUUGAUAUUCUAUCUUGACCGGGCGCUAGAAAAUGUGGGGAAGAGAGCUACGAACAAGCAUGUAAAAGAGCUCUUACCGGGCGAAGUGGCUGGGUAUAAGAGCAUCGCGGAGGUCGUGAAGGAUCUGGAUCCGCUUGUUGAUGUGGUCUGGGUUAGCAGCACGCCUACACUCCAGCUUCCGUAUCUUAUCAGCAUCACCGUUGCAGCUAUCAACUGCGUACCUAUGUUCCCACCUUUGCCCCGCAUCACACUCAAUUUCCUCUCGAAGCUCGAUACCGCGUUCGCUGCGCUCAUCAGCGGCACCAAUCCUGACACCAGUGAACCGCUUCCUGGGUUCAAAAACAACCGCGGUAUUUCCACGACCGAUAAAGUUCGCGUGAAAGGCAUCGUUGAGCGCGCUAGAGCCACCGUCACAAAGCAUCUCGUGGGAGAAGAAGACGAAGCGUCACCGGAGAUCAACAGAACAGCAGACAACGCGAGCAACAAGGACGAGGGGUUCGUCAAAUUCGAAGGGUUCGACAAUUCCGAUGAUAGCGAUGAUGAGGAAGAAGCCCACAAGAGAGACGAAAGGGAAGUCGGACACGUGUUUGAGAAGACGAUUGGGGAGCUAGGGGAUUUACUGGGAGGCGAUCCCAUUGGGAUCGUCACGGAUGAGGAGCAGGACAUGAGGAGGCAGUUUGAGGAGGAAGCUGCAGCCAUGAAAGAGAGGGCUGCGUUCGAGGCGGAGGAUCAGGGGGUGAUGGAAUUUGAGGACGAAGAGGAAGCGAUGAAUGAGCAGCGGAAGCAUGUGGAGGAUGGAAAGAAAGAGUUCGAGGACGAGGCGAAGUGGUCAGGAGAUGGGCACGAGUUUCAAGCACACAGUGCAUAUGCGGAGAAACGCAAACGAGAGGAGUGA